AGCUUGGCGGGCGUGUGCGCAUGCGUGAGUGCGGCGUCUCGGGGGCGGGGCCCAGUUUGAAGCGGGUGGCGGGGACGCGCGCCCAUGGCCAAGCAGCAAAGCCGGGAGCAGGGCAUCACCCUGCGGGGCAGUGCCGACAUCGUCGCCGAGUUCUUCUCCUACGGCAUCAACAGCAUCCUGUACCAGCGCGGCAUCUACCCGCCCGAGACCUUCACCCGCGCGCAGCAGUACGGCCUCACGCUGCUCGUCACCGCCGACCCCGAGCUGCAGCGCUACCUGUGCAGCGUCGUGGACCAGCUCAAAGACUGGCUGUACAAGUGUUCGGUACAGCGCCUGGUGGUGGUCAUCUCUAGUAUUGAAAGCAACGAGGUCCUCGAGCGGUGGCAGUUUGACAUAGAGUGUGACAAAACUGCAAAAGAUGAGAGUGCACCAAGGGAUAAGUCUCAGAAAGCUAUUCAGGAUGAAAUUCGAUCUGUUAUCAGACAGAUAACUGCCACUGUAACUUUUCUGCCUUUAUUGGAAACCUCUUGUGCCUUUGAUUUACUGAUUUACACAGAUAAAGAUUUGGUAGUACCAGAAAAAUGGGAAGAAUCAGGACCACAAUUUAUUGCCAACUCAGAAGAGGUGCGUCUUCGUUCCUUCACUACCACUAUCCACAAAGUAAAUAGCAUGGUGGCCUACAAAAAGGAUUCCUUUCCUUAAUUAGGGAAAUGUUGUUGAUGUCUAUAAAAGGUCUUUAAAAGCUGCCAAUAUGAACAGUAACUGCAUCCUUAAUAGGGUUUCUAUAUUUUGUAUCUCAGUUUGGAAUUAGAAUAACAGCACAAAGCAAUCAUUUAUUCAUGUUAAUACUGUGCUGAUGUCAUACUUGUCAAACCUUGGAACAGGG